AUGUCGGCGCCAACGACCAAUUUUACACAGCAGGAGAAACAAAGUAAGCCCAAUAAUGAUGCCACACCUUCUACUGGUCAGCAGCAUUCCAAAGGGCAGACUGGAGGAAAUCACAAAAGAAUCUACCAGGCUUGCAUCCCAUGUCGUCGUCGCAAAGUGAGGUGCGAUCUAGGAAGUGUCGAUAAUCCCAGUGAUCCACCAUGCGUACGAUGUCGACGCGAAAGCAAAGAAUGCUACUUUUCAGCUACGAGAAGAAAGAGGAAAGCGGAUGGCAGUAGAGAGAACAGUGUUGAUAACGAAUUCGCCGACGAUUAUGUAACGCGCAAUGGUCGAAAGAUGGUUUCUGGUUCUCCUCCCGCAUCCUUCAGACAAACCUCCAUGGGAGCGCCUUCUUCUGCUCGAUCGACGACCGGCGCUUUCCCCGAUAGUGCGCGCAUGGAGCCUGGACCUCCUCUUACCCCAGGUGGUUCUAUUGGGAGAACCCAGCCUCUGCGCAGACCUCAAUCGGACUCGCGGCAACAAGAAGAAAGAAAUGAGAACGUGGAGAACCCGGAGGCGCAAGAAGUUAUGAGACAGGAGGUUUAUGGUCCGCACGAUGCUUUAGAUCUGCUCUAUAAAGCUGCGACCAAUAGCCCAGGUCACAAAAGAGCGCGGCUAGAUAGCACUAGCCAAGAAUCUCCUGGGAUUGGACAUAGAGCACAAUCUGCCUCGCAAAGCUAUCGAGGCCCUACGCCUCAAAAUACCUCGUUUCCUAUAAGCCACGUGCGACACACAACCGCGCAUCCUGAAGCUUCAAUCGAUCCUACGCUGUCGUCUGGAGAUACCGUUCCUUUAGAAAGAGACCAUGACCUGGGAUACCAGGAUGCAAUUAAAGCUUGGUCGAGAUUCAGAUUUGUUCGCGCAGGAUGGUUCACCGCAGUGGAAGCUAUUCAAUAUAUUACGUAUCGGUACAUGGAGAUAGCCGGGGCCGGAGGACAUUGUAGAUCGUAUGCGAUUCAUGAGCAGCUUUGGACGUACUUGAGAGGCAUGAUUGAGAGAUGUCUUUGGGGCCAAGAGGCAUUCGGAGGUGGAUUUUGCGGUUCUGGAGCGGAGGCUACUCUCACAUCAAGCACUGCACCAUGGAGAGGACUACGGAAAGGAAGUCUUCGGACCCUUGGUACCAUCGAAAGUCUCAUGAUCUUGACAGAGUGGCAUCCUCGUGCUCUUCACUUCCCUCCCGCUGAAGCAACUGACGAACUUAUGUUGCCUAUUCCUGACAAGGAAGAUGCAUAUACCACCGAUGAUGAAGGCGUACACCGUCUACCUGGUGGGGUUGGUGGGAGAAGGAUUGAAGGCUGGUUGGAACCUGCUUGGCGAAGUGAUCGAAUGUGCUGGAUGUUGUUGAGUACCGCCAUGGGACUUGGCUACGAACUAGGUGUUUUCGAUGAUAUUGCUGAAUCAUUGGCUGAUGGUGGAGAGAUGACACGACCAGAAUAUAACGAAGAGUCAUAUCGACUAAGAGCGGCGAGAAUAAAACGCCUAUUGUUAAUCUAUGUUACGCAACUAGCUGGGCGUCUAGGUUGGACCAACAUGGUUCCUGAAAAUCUACGGAAAACAGAUCCUGCAUUUGCUCCCCGGAAACGCAGACAAUCGGUCGAUGGUAAGACCCCAGAGACCAAUACAACCGCUGCUACGAAUUUUAAUUAUAUCCCCGACUUAGAAUUGGACGAUCAAAUUAUUCACUGCUGGGCUGGAAUCAGUAACGCUAUGCGCAUUGGGAACGAGAGGAUCUUUAGAUCUAGGCAAUACACGACCAGAAUCAUCCAGGACGGUAGCUACACGGAUCUCUUGAAAGAUUUUCAACCAAUGUUAAGUUCAUGGAAACGCGAAUUUGACAGAUUUGGACUACCUCCAUUCAUUCGACAUAUUCUAACUAUAGAGUACGAGUAUGUUAGAAUAUACAUAAAUUCUCUCUCUUUACAGGCUGUUGUCGAAAGAUGUACGAGCAAUGCAACAAAUCGAACAAACACUGCCAAUGAUUUGGGUUUACCAGUAGGAAGUGCCAUGUCCCCAGAGACUCAGAAUUACUUUGGAAAGUUACCUUUGGCAAGACUUGGCGGUUUUGGGGCUACAGACCAGGGAUAUGUGAGAGAAGUUGUUGAAGGAUGUCGCAACCUUUUACGUACCGUCGUAGAGGGACUUCUACCAAACGACUACCUGAAGCAUGCUCCUGUUCGAACAUAUUUCAGAAUUAUAAGUGGUGCCAUGUUUUUGUUGAAGACUUUUGCUUUAGGAGCAUCUAAACACGAUGUUGAGAUCAGUAUCAGCCUUAUGGAUUCUGCUGUUGACGCACUUCGUACCUGCGUAGUCGAUGAUGUCCAUCUCGGCAUCCGCUUUGCAGACUUAUUGCAAACAUUGACCAAGCGACUUCGCAGUCGAUUCAUCAGCGCCCCUGAAGUACCUUCUCUCUCGGGAGAACCAACGAGUAGAAAUCGUACUCCGGCACCACCCCAGGAUUUAGAUCCAAAGAGACUGAGACGGGAUCCAGCUGACCCAGUCCGAGACUGGAAUGACGGCUUGCCAAAUUACCAUUCCUCGAAUGGUCCAGAUCUGAACCUCUCCGCCACACCAUACGACCUCAAUCAAGGCGAUUUUUACGCCGGCCCACACUACCCAGCUACCACUGGUGCCUCAUCCUUCAACGGUGACUCCAUAAACUCAAUAUUCGGUUUCCCAGGUAGUAACAAUGAUUGGGGUAAUAAUAACAGUAGCGAUGAAAUGUGGUAUUUACCUCCAGGAUCGGCCUUCUAUCAAGAUCUCAAUAGUCAGGUAAACAUUACGCAGACGGCAGAUGGAGUUAAUGUAGGUGGUAUGGAUUUGUUGGAUUACAUGGCGCUGGAUAAUGCGUUUCCGGGUGAUGCACAGGGAGGAUUGCAUUGA